UUAUCGUUAUCAUUAUUUCUUUAAUCAGAUUGUAGUCCAGUGAUAGAGUUAAACAGCGGGGAAGGUCGCGAUAAGGCUAGAUUGAGACAAAGAAAGAGAAAGAAAAGGGGGAGAAUGUGUGGCUUCUCAUCAAACAAAUGGAACACAACCUAAACGAUAUGUGACUGUGUGCUCUGAGACACUUACCAAAGGUUACUACACACCAGCAGUACUAAUACACAGACCUAACGCAACACGAGAACUGCGAGUGUCCUUCCCAACACCAGUGGAUACUAAAAACCUGCCUUAUUGGAUCCUCUGCAUUUUGAGGGAGAGACAGGAGCGUGCCGUGUGAGCGUCCUGUGUGUGUGUGUGUGUGUGUAUGCAUGCGUGCGCGCGAGCUUAGUGUUUGUCUGUCAGCAGUAUAUGAAGAUUGCGGGGGAGGGACGAUAUGGGUCAGUGCUGUUGCUGCAGGAGCAACAAGCCUCCAGAAGAAACAGAGCAAAGCCAGGAGAGUGAGCCUAAGAAUUACACAGUGGUGGACUACGUGUUGGCUCAUCAUCCCUACCGAGCCAACGGGACCAACGAGCUCAGCUUCACCCAAGGAGACAAGCUAGAAGUGCUCAACAAAGAUGACGAGGACUGGUGGCUGGCCAGGCAUCCCGGAACUACAUCCGUUGGCUACAUCCCCGUGUCGUUCGUGGCGCUCACCUCCUCCCUCGAGUCACACGAGUGGUACCACGGCGUGAUGUCGCGCGUGGAGGCUGAACAGAUACUCCUGAAUUUCCUCAACUCGGCCGGCGCCUUCCUUAUCCGCCAGUCUCACCGCACUAAUGACUACGUCCUCAGCAUAAAGGUCUACGAAGAAGACGGAUACUCUCCCAGCAUCAAGCACUACAACAUCUCCCAGUCACAAGACAGUUACUUCAAGCUCGGGGAACAUCGUUUUCUUACGCUCAGAGACUUGGUGGAACACUUCAUCAACACGCCAGAUACAAACCUGCCCGUAACCAGGAUCAAACACCCAUGUGUGCGCCCCGCGCCCGCCAUGCAGGAUAUAUCCAAGGAAAAUAAGGACGAGUGGGAGAUGCCCAGGGAAGAGCUGCGCUUUGUUGAGGAGAUUGGCCACGGCUCGUUUGGUAAAGUGUGGUUAGGGAAGUGGAAGAACACCCUUGACGUAGCCAUCAAGACAAUGAGAGAUGGCAGGAUGAAAGCAGCAGACUUCCUGGAGGAAGCCAAGGUGAUGAAAGGUCUGCGCCACCCAAACAUCCUGGCACUGUACGCAGUGUGCACCAAGGAGGAGCCGCUGCUCAUCGUCACGGAGUUCAUGCCCCACGCCUUGCUGGACUUGCUGAGAAAGGAAGAGAUGAGCUUGCAGCUACAGCUCUACAUUGCUACACAGACAGCUGCUGCAAUGAAGUAUCUCGAGAAGAGAAAGUUGAUUCAUCGAGACUUGGCGGCAAGGAACAUCUUAGUGGGCCAGCGUUACUUGUGCAAGGUAGCAGACUUUGGUCUUUCAAAACUGCAUGACGACGCGAUCUACGAAGGGAGUGUGUCCGACAAAAAGCUGCCCAUCAAAUGGACGGCGCCAGAAGCACUGCUGCUGCAAAAGUACAGCAGCAAGUCAGAUGUCUGGUCUUUUGGGGUGACGGUCAUGGAAAUUCUUACUCACGGCGCUGUGCCAUACCCAGGAUAUAGCAACAUUGACCUGCUGGAUGCCCUCAAUGGCGGCUACCGCAUGCCGCAGCCCGCUGGAUGUCCGCCCAACUUGUACGAUCUCAUGCUAGGCUGCUGGAAGAGGAACCCCGAUGAACGACCCACAUUUCACUUCAUCCACGAUUACCUGGAGAACUUCGACGUGCAGUGUGAAAACUCGUACAGCGAUAGUAUAUUCUGACAACGGAGGUGUUUGCUUACUCUCUCUCUCUCUCUCUCUCUCUCUCUCUCUCUCUCUCUCUCUCUCUCUCUCUCUCGGUGGGUGAUUAGUUUAAGUUCGAUUGUUGUAUGCUCCAACAAAUAGUAAAGGA